AUGUCUAAUUCAGAUGUAAUCGAAUCCAGAUUUCUGGCUUUUGAUCAGAUGUACAGCUAUGAGAAAAGAUUACAGACGUUUAAUGACUGGCCUUUCCGUGAGGAUUGUCAGUGCACACCUGAACUGAUGGCGAAAGCUGGUUUUGUCCACUGCCCCAGCGAGAAUGAGCCUGAUGUGGCCUGCUGUUUUUACUGCCUAAAAGAACUGGAGGGCUGGGAGCCAGAAGAUAUUCCCUGGUCGGAGCAUGCCAAACGGUCCCCUGACUGUGGAUUUCUGCAGAUGAAACCGUUUGAUGAGCUCACUGCCAUCGAUUUCUUUCGUCUUGAGCAGGGGAGGAUUCGAAACUACAUAAGAAAAGUUGCACACAUGAAGAUAGCGUACUUUCGUGACGAAGUGGAAAACACCAGCAAAAGUCUGAGAGUUCUGUUUGAUAUUGUGCAGUGAACUAGAUUUUAUUGAUGUUUUGUGUGU